UCUACUUGGCCUACUCUCCGCGUUCCGCACGGGUUUUCGCAAUCACCGCGCGGAAUCGCGCGUAAGAGCUCGCGACUGCGUUCACGAUCGAUUAGGCUCGGCGCAACGCGGCUAAUGAACCUGAGUGUAACGAUGCAAGGCGCCACAGUCGGCGGUCCAUUGCAGUAAUCAACAUCGCAUAAUCACCAGGAUACACCGUGAAAACCGGAGCUGCGCUCGUCGUCGCAGCGGAUGGUAGCCGCGAGUGCUCUUCCUACAAGAUGUGGCGGCGUUGUUGGAAGCAAGGACGUCACCCUGCGCUAGUGAACACGAUUUUGUCGAGGAACGUUCGACGGAAGGCCCACAAGGCCCACAAGGCUCAACGUGCACCCUCGAUCUGAACUCUCGCGAGAACUCCGCGCGCGCAUACGUGCGCACCAGUCCGCGUAAAAAAAUCGGUGCACGGCGGUCUGUUUAUGAGGACAUCUCUCCUGCAUCAGCAGGAAUGGAGAAGAUACUUGAACCGGUGCAUAUUCGCAGAUGAAUGCGAUUUUCUAUUUUCGUAAAUGUCAUGGAUUCUUAAUUCGGUGGCUGCCGGACUGUCUGCUUGGAUCACGACCAUCGUAAUCUUGCAAAUGUAGAAUUUUAUGGCAUCGCUUUCUGUGGAUCCAUCAGUAUCAUAGAUCAGAUCAGACUCAUCAGUCCCAGAACUGGUUUUGUUGAUGCUUGAAAGUACUAUGCGGAGAAUAAAGUGUUUUUUGAAAUACCUUUUCUGUGUUACGACGUUGUUGUGUGCUGACUAUUGCAAUUAUGCUAUGAAUUGGGACGAUAUUAAAAUGUUGAUAUUGAUUGAGUGAUAUGUAAAAUGUAAAUCUCUAUAUGAAGAUAUUAAUCGUCUCUUCUGAAGAAGCACUCGCACACACAAUUUAUUAACUUCAGUCUUUUGAGAAGAUUUAUCACUUAAAAUUAAAGUAUAUUGUCUUCAGUGACACCAUGGAUGAUGAUAUUGAUGAUAAAGAUGACACGAAGCGAAAAUCGCGUAAUCUUAGCGAAAAGAAACGCAGGGAUCAAUUCAACUUGCUUGUAAAUGAGCUCGGCAGCAUGGUUAGUGCAAAUACGCGAAAAAUGGAUAAAUCCACAGUGCUAAAAUCGACAAUUUUGUUUCUAAAAAAUCACAAUGAGAUAGCAGUUAGGUCAAGAGUUCAUGAGAUCCAAGAAGAUUGGAAACCGUCUUUUCUCUCCAAUGAAGAAUUUACUCAUCUUAUAUUGGAGGCAUUGGAUGGUUUUAUAAUGGUUUUCUCUUCAAACGGAUAUAUCUAUUAUGUAUCCGAAAGCGUUACAUCUCUGCUUGGAUAUCUUCCGAAUGAACUGGAGAAUACAACUAUUUAUGAUGUAACGUAUCAAGAAGAUCAGCCGCAUUUAUACAAUGUUCUGCUGAAUCCUGGAAACACACGAGAUAGACGCACUAUGAAAAAAGAGGACCAAAUAUCUUUUGCGUGUCAUAUAAAAAGGGGCGGUCUCGAUUUUCGAGAAGAGUCCGUCUAUGAACUUGUACAGUUUAUUGGAUAUUUCCGUUCUGCCAUGGAUAGUGACGUUGACAAUCUAUUGCCAAGCCAAAAAUUUAGUAAUACUAGUGGAUCAGAGAACAAAUUAGUUUUCGUGGGUACCGGUCGCCUUCAAACUCCUCAACUUAUUCGAGAAUUAUCCGUAACGGACAACGCAAAGUCAGAAUUUACAUCUCGUCACAGUCUCGAGUGGAAGUUCCUAUUCUUGGAUCACAGAGCGCCACCCAUUAUCGGCUAUCUGCCGUUUGAAGUGUUAGGCACUUCCGGUUAUGAUUAUUAUCACGUGGACGAUUUGGAUAAUGUAGUUACGUGCCACGAAUCAUUGAUGCAGAAAGGAGAGGGAACAUCUUGCUACUAUAGAUUCCUCACGAAGGGCCAGCAAUGGAUUUGGUUGCAGACCAGAUUCUAUAUCACGUACAAUCAAUGGAAUUCGAAGCCUGAAUUCAUCGUGUGUACGCAUUACGUAGUCAGUUAUGUCGACGUAAUGAAGAAAUUACGCGCGGAAUUGGGGGGUUAUGAUAAAACGCAAAAUCAGGAUAUUUUACUACACAUAAAACAAGUGACAUCUUGCCAAACACCAUUGACACAGUGGCCAAGCAAGUCGUCGAAGACGUCGAAGUCAAUGUCAGUCGCUUCCAAUCUCCGACGUCGUGAUGGUUCCAAUACGUCUUCACUAUCCGCUUCGUUACGAAGUUCUCCACAAUCGCAAAUAAUGCACGGAUCACAAUCGAACACGGCAUCUGCAAGUAAUUCCGUGCUAUCGAAGUCGAUAGCGUCUGUGGACAGCAGGCAACAGCAACAGCAACAGCAGCAGCAACAACAACAGCUGGAUGCCAAUCAAUCAUGUAUUAAUUUCAUGGAUUCUACGCAAUAUGCAACGGUUAAUCUGCAAUCGGUUGUUACAGCUGGGUUUGCAACGCCUACUGCUCCUAUCCUUUCAACCGUGCCCACUCACGAGAUGUUACAACAGCAAGGUAUAGUGAUAGCUUCCGCGCAGAAUCAAAUGCAGGACGAAUUGCAACGGAAGCACGAAGAAUUACAACAAUUGAUCGUUCAUCAGCAAGAAGAACUGAGAAGGGUAUCGGAGCAAUUGUUUAUCGCUCGAUAUGGGAUUCUCACUCCAUUACUCAAUGCGAGUAUACCGUACAAUACAUCGAAUUCGUGUCAACAGGCGCAUCGGUGCAGUACCAGUAAUAACAACGUGCAAUUACCCACAUCCAGUACAAGCGUACAAGGUGUAAAUGUGCUUCCUAUACCAAUUACUGUGCCUGUGCCUAUAGUACCUACGGAAUUAUUCCCGCAUUCUUUGCAAAUGAGCCCAUCACCGGGCUCGACACAUAGCAAUGUGGGUGCUAUAAUUCAGACCCAACAGCAACAACAGCAGCAGCAGCAGCAACAGCAACAGGGCCCGCCGCAGCAGGAAGGCAGCAAUCCCGAUCUCGUGCCUUUCCAGAUCUGCACGCAACAGACCGAAAUGAUCUACAGUAACAUGGAGACGUCUACAAAUCAACAACAAAGAUCGUCGCAAAAUUGAAGAAGCCUCCUCUUCUUUCUGGUGUUUCUAAUGACUUCGCUCUGUUCAUUUCUCAAAGCGAAGAUAUUACCAGAUAUUAAUUAUUGCUGUAAUUGUAGAUAUACGCAUUAUUAUUUUAUUUAUACGAGAAAUGCGUUUGUAUAUUUGUGCAUUUGUGACAUAGCAACAGGUAUUGCAUAAACUGAAACAUAACUUGGACGUUUCACAGCGCGACAAUAUGCAGUUUGUAAUACAUCGAUGUAUUUAUGUAUAUUUUAACUAGAUAUAUACAGGGUGGUCCACUUAAAUCGAU